AUGUCUCUUAUUUCAGCUGCUGAUUUUGAUCUUCGAACGUUGCAGACUGUUCUCAACUAUGAAGAACUGGUGAAGACCUUCGUUGGAAAACGUGCCACCUUUGAGGCUGCAUUGCAUCAGGGUUAUCCUCAAGUCGUCUUGAUGCAAAUGCUGCCGUGGCCUGGCUGCUUGAUGCACGCGCGAGCCUUUGCACACCGGUUAAACAACAAACACAAAGACAUCAAGCCUUCAAACAUCUUGGUCAAGGAUAGCCAUAUCUAUUUGGCUGAUUCCGGCAUCCCAAAAGACGACGUUCCAGACGAUCUGGAGGGAAACGCAAGCUUUUCUGUCUGGGGGUAUCGGUUUACCGCGCUCCCGAAAUUCGGCCAGACCAUCCCCAGGCUCGCGGCACCAAAUCUGACGUGUUCUCACUGGGGUCGGUCACUGCAAGAUUUCCAAGAAUCACGAAAGGUCACAACUGAAGACGGCGAGACGAUCGCCUUUCGGGCCAAUUGGCCCCAGGUCCACGACUGGCUCGGCGACUUGCGUGGUCAAGGUGUGCACCCUGUGGUCGACAUCCUGAUUUACAACACCGCGAGCAUGCUCUGUGACGACCCGGAAUGGAGGGAUUCGACGCUCGUCAUCGCUACUCUUGACACCGAAGGCGCACACGAUGUCUAA